CGCCUGUCCCCGAAAACUCCGUUACCCAUCAUGCACCACAAUGGAGUGACGUCACGCCAUAGUUUUCAUCAGGAAGCGGAACCAUAAAAGUUGUUUCCCCCUCGCCUUUGUUGUGUUAAACCCUCCGUUUUCUCGUCUGAGCUCGGCUUUUAAGGAAACAUUAUGAACCUUGAACGGAUUCCAAACGAGGAGAAGCUUAGCCUCUGCAGAAGAUACUACUUGGGUGGCUUCGCUUUUCUCCCCUUCCUCUGGUUGGUGAACGUUCUGUGGUUUUUCAGAGAAGCGUUUUUAAAGCCCUCGUACACGGAGCAAUCCCAAAUAAAAUCAUAUGUAAAGAGGUCUGCUCUGGGGCUCAUAGUGUGGGUGGCUGUGCUGACGACGUGGAUCACCAUAUUCCAGCAUUUCAGAGCACAGUGGGGUGAGGUGGGAGACUACCUCUCCUUCACCAUUCCCCUCGGCACAGCCUGAUCACAUCCCAUGCGUUACCGUACCCGUUUCCAUUUUGGCUAUUUUUUCUCCUCCCAUCGACAAGAUGUUCCUCGGCUAAUUUUACCACUGUCGUCGCAUAGUCUGGAUCUGUCUGGGAGUUGUGGUAUUUUGUGGACCGAUGAAAUCGUUUUGUUGAUCGAGUGACAUAAUAUGGACACGAAUGCACCAUGCUAAAGCGCAGGAGUUUAUUUCCAGCACUACUACUGCUUCUUAUUUCCUGUUCCUUUUUUCUUUAGUUUUAGCUGAGAUGUUUGUUGUAUUUGAGAUCGCGCAUUCACAUUAACUCUGACCUCUGUCGAUGCAUUGAAAAGAAUGUAUGACAAAAAAUGAUCUCCAGACCAGACAGGUCCAUCCAAAAUUUUGUUUUUUUGGCUGUGGAUAUGACGUGUAAUAUAAUUGUUCUAAAAAAGGCUGAUUUUCCUGCUAUAUAUUAAUCGUUUGGAUGGACAGUAACAUCACAUAUUUUGUCAGUACAUAUAAAAUUGUUUUGCACAAUUUUAAAUAAAAUUGGAAAAUAUUCUGCA